AUGGCUUCCAAAAGCAAAAGUUCGAAAACAGCAGUGUCAAAAGAUGAUCUUAGGCGUCUUAUGAGAGAAAAACUAUCUUGUACAAAGGAAUCAAAAAUCAACCAUCCGUUAGCUAAGUAUAACACUCUACAGCAGCUUGUGUGUAUUCUUUGUAACACAGUAAUAAAAACAAAUAUUUUGUGGAAUGCCCAUAUACAAGGGAGACAGCAUAAAGAGCGAUUGGCAUUAAAAUCACAGCCUGGACCUGAAAGACCCCCUGAUCCUGGAGUCAAAAGAAAAACAGACUGGCUGGUAAUCCCAAAUCAACAAAAAAAACAGAAAGAGAAUGGAAAUUCAAAGAAAUCAGAUAGCAUACAGUUGGGCUUUUUAGACAAUUCCUCAGAAAACAUGGGUGGACAGCAGAACAAUCUUUCUCUGGGGUCCUAUUCCUCAGAUGAAGAAGAGGAUUCUAGUUACCCACCAACAACCCUCUCCCUGAAAUCAGUUCAUUUGUCACAUCCAGCUUUACCUGCAGAUUUCUUUGACCUUGGAGUGAAAAAAGAAGAGGCUGAAGAAGAGGAGAAACCCAGAACCAUGGCAGAUAUUCUGCCAGAAGGUUUCUUUGAUAAUCCAAAGGCAGAUGCUAAGGUGCGUCAAGUAGAAUACAAAGAUAAAAUGGAUGAAGAAUGGGAAAUGUUUCAGAGAGCCAUGAAGGAGGAAAAUCACGUAUCUGAAGCCAUUAUAGAAGAAGAGGAUGAGAUUGUGAAUGUUGAAAGAAAUAUUGAUGAAAUUGAUGACCAAAUAAAUCGUUGGAAGGAAAUAAAUGACCUUGAAAUUAAGAAAGACAAAAUCAUGCAGAAGAAAAUAUUGAAUGACACCAUCAAAGCUGAGGAUGAAGAAGAAGUUCAGGAUGAUGAUUUAGAGGAUUUUUUGGACUGGAGAACCAAAACUCUUAAAUGAUUGGGGGCUACCAUUUGAAAUAAAAUGACUGCAGAUCAAAGUUUACUGAAAGAUAGAAAAUUAAGUAUAUAAAAGAUUUUCAGGUUUGAAAUUCCAUUUGCGUUAGGAGAAACAAAUUUUUAAGAAUUUCAGGCAAAGAAAGUGUCUCUCUUAAUUAAGAUUGUUAUAUUUUGUUUCUCAAGAAAUUUGACUAAAAAAUUGUUGUUUUUCAUAUCAAAAACAUGUGAGAGACAUUUUCAAAUAUAGAAAUUAACUUUAAGGCAUCUGAAGUUGCAUUAUAUGCAAGGAAAUAUGAAUUCUUGGUUGAUAUUUCAUAUUUAAAAUAUAUUUUAUAUACUAGAUACUUGAUCUACUGUCUUCAUCAAAAAUCUUUUUUGUAUAAAAUGCUCGAGAUUUUGUUGAAAAGUGUAUGAAUGGUGAUGAUAUUGAUAUUUUGUUCUCAUGAGCUAAAGUCAGUAAAAGAGAUUUUUAAUUGA